GUUUAACAAUCACAGGCCACACAAACUGCUGCUGCCGCUCACCUGCUCCAAAACAUGCAUGUUACAGAAGCAGCGCCCCCUUCUGCCCGGAGGACUAACCAUGUUUUUAUUCUCAGGUUCAGUGACACAAAAAUAUUGUCAAUCCUUUACAUUUGAAAACUCUUUUUAUUUUUCUGAAACAAUCACAGCUUUCUCUGUGAACAUUGCAAUAUUUCCUAGACAACUUUUUAUUGUAUGGUGAUUAGUCAAAUAAUACACAUUAAAAUCUAACAUUUAACUGUCUUAAAGGCCCUGCAAAUUGACUAAUUAUAGAAAUCAUUUCAUAAUCAGCUGUUACUCAAAAAUACAUUUAUUUUAUGUAGCUUGGUAUAAAGUGGAGCUAAUAUGCUAACAAGCAACAAAUAAAGGACGAAAAUACAGCAUAUAUAAAUGGAGCUAAAAUGUCCGUUUAAUAGAAACUAUGAACUUUAUGAACCAGAAAUGUAACAAUAAGUUGAUCAGCAGCUCCAUCAGUUUUUCUCCUCCAGUCUGAGAGAAAACAUUUGUUUAAAAAUCAUGAUAAAAUGCGACUUCAUUAAAGUUUUUAGAAAGUUUUCUAAAGUGGAUGUUGUACAAUAAAUCUUUAGUUUAAUAUAAUAAACUUUGAUCUUCCAACAGGGACGGAGAGUUAAAUGAUGAUAUUUAAUCCUGAGUUUUAUUCUCAAACACUGCUUUCUAAAAAUCACCUCCACUUUAAAAGUGAAAUAAUUUUAUUUACAAUCUUAAUUCUAACAUGUUAAUAUCUUAAUUUAAUAUUUGAAAUGUAUCUUUAAUUUGUGACAUUUUACUUUCCUCAGGCAGCUUGUGACUAUUUUUUAUUUAUUCUUUUUCUGCUCAGUUUUUCAUGUCAAACUUUUUAUUACUAAUGUGCCAUGUUAUGAUAUUUUCUUUUAAUUUUCUAUAAAGACGGAAAAAACAAAACAUUGCAAUAAAUCCGCCUCAAAACGUCACAAUCAGCCAUGAAUGAUCCGCCUGCUGYGGCUUCCAGAAGGCCGGAACUAUGACCAAAAGGGGCGGGGCUAAAGCAGGAAGUGAGAAUUUGGACCCUGCAGGAGGAGGAAGGACUGCUCCCCUGUGUAUCACCAUGGUAACAGGUGCCCUUUGCAGCAGCCACGCCCACCUGAACACCUGGAUGGCAGAACGUGUCACACUGCAGACCCGGUUCCCCAGGCCGCCGGUCCGGUCCGGUUCGACCCAUCCGUCCGGGUUCUUCGCUCCGUCCGAAGGCGCCAUGCUGCCGGCGGGAAGCUUCAGAGACCGGCUGGCCUUCAUCACCGGAGGCGGCACCGGCCUGGGCCGGGCCAUGACCGUGGUUCUGUCCCAGCUGGGAGCCCGCUGCGUCAUCGCCAGCAGGAAGCUCAACGUCCUGCAGGAGACGGCCGGCGAGAUCAGCAGCCAGACCGGGAACCAGGUCCACGCCCUCCAGUGUGAUGUCAGAGACCCUCAGGCCGUGGCACGCUGCGUGGACCAGAUGGUGGCGCUAAGCGGACUUCCUGAUGUGAUCAUCAACAACGCCGCAGGGAACUUCAUCUGUCCGACGGAGCGGCUGACGCCCAACGGCUGGCGGAGCGUCACCGACAUCGUCCUGAACGGGACGGCGUUCGUCACGCUGGAGCUGGGCAAGAGGCUGAUCCAGGCCCAGAAAGGCGCCUCGUUCCUCGCCAUCACUACCAUCUACGCCGAGUCUGGUUCUGGUUUCGUGGCUCCGAGUGCGGCGGCCAAGGCUGGAGUCGAGGCGCUUUACAAGUCUCUGGCUGCAGAGUGGGGGCGCUACGGCCACAGGUUUAACAUCAUCCAGCCUGGACCAAUCAGGACCAAGGGAGCCUUCAGUCGUCUGGACCCGACCGGAACCUUUGAGAAGUCGAUGAUCGAUCGGAUCCCGACGGGUCGGCUCGGAAAACCAGCUGAGCUCGCCAACCUGGCGGCGUACCUGAGCAGCGACUUUGCCAGCUGGAUGUCUGGAGCAGUGAUCCGUUUUGAUGGAGGCGAGUACGUUUCGAUGGCGGGAGAGUUUAACGAGCUGCGCAAGGUGACUCCGGAUCAGUGGAAGAUGUUGGAGGCCAUGAUCAAAGUUACAAAGGGGUCGUAGGAACGCCGACAGCUGAUUGGACCACAGAGGCCCCGCCCCCUGCUGAUAUCUCUACAUCUGAUUGAUUGGUUAAUAAUUGUAACUAAUGUGGUGCAGUCAUGUGACUGUCUGCACAUGCUCAGUGUGAACCUACUUUGAUAAUAAAAGAUGAAAUGAGA